AUGACAGAAUUUAUGUUUGUUGUUGCAAAUAAAUAUAAAUUAGAAAAAAAAUUAGGGAGUGGGUCAUUUGGAGAUGUAUAUCUAGGAACUGAUGUAGAACUUCACAAUGAAGUUGCCAUUAAAUUAGAAUUACUCAAAUGUAAACAUCCACAAUUAAAAGAUGAGUUUGAGCUAUACCAAAAAUUAAUAGGAGAUAAGAAAGAAGAACAUGAAGGAAUUUCAGGAAUCUAUUAUUAUGGACAAGAAGGGGAUUUCAAUGUAUUAGUUAUGGAUUAUCUAGGACCAUCAUUAGAAGAUCUAUUUAACUACUGUGGGAGAAGGUUUAGUUUAAAAACAGUUCUUAUGCUACUCAAUCAGAUGUUGAAAAGAUUACAAUUUGUUCAUUCUAAAGGAUAUAUUCAUAGAGACAUUAAACCAGAUAAUUUUAUUAUGGGAAAUGGUGAACAAUCUCAUGUAUGUUAUUUGAUUGAUUUUGGACUUAGUCAAAGAUAUCUGAAUCAAAAUAAUGAGCAUAUUUCAUAUUCUGAAGAUAAAUCAUUAACUGGAACAGCUAGGUAUGCAUCAUUAAAUAAUCAUUUAGGAAUAGAACAAAGUAGAAGAGAUGAUAUGGAAAGUCUUGCUUAUUCAGUUAUAUAUUUACUUAGAGGUUCUCUUCCAUGGCAAGGAUUACAUGUUGCUAAAGGAGAAAAUAGAUAUAAUAAAAUUUAUUCAAAAAAAGUUGAAAUUCCUGUUAGUCAGUUAUGUGAAAACCUUCCUUCUGAAUUUGGUUCAUUUCUUUCAUAUUGUCGAAACUUAAAAUUUGAUGAAGAGCCAAAAUAUGACUUUUGGAGACAUAUUUUUCAACAAGUUGCACAGAAUAAUUCUAUUAUAUUUGAUUAUGAAUAUGAUUGGAUUAUCAAAAGGAAAGCAGAAAAAGAACUUGUUUGA